AUGUCGGAGAAUCAUACCCCUUCUACUACCCAGGCGACCUUGCCUGCGCCGGCUUCUGAACCAGCGCCAAUUCAAGCAACGCCAACCCCCUCCGCCUCCGUCACCGCGACUGCUGCCGCCGCCACCGCGGCGGUGAACAGCCCCUCAAUGAACGGCGCCGGUGAGCAGUUGCCUUGUCAGUGGGUCGGAUGCACUGAAAAGUCCCCCACUGCCGAGUCGCUAUAUGAGCAUGUUUGCGAGCGCCAUGUUGGACGUAAAAGCACCAACAACCUCAACUUGACCUGUCAGUGGGGUACUUGCAACACCACAACAGUCAAGCGUGAUCACAUCACCUCCCACAUUCGCGUUCAUGUGCCGCUUAAGCCUCAUAAGUGCGAUUUCUGCGGAAAGGCUUUCAAGCGCCCCCAGGAUUUGAAGAAGCAUGUCAAGACCCAUGCGGACGACUCUGAGAUCCGCUCCCCCGAACCGGGCAUGAAGCAUCCUGAUAUGAUGUUCCCACAAAACCCUAAAGGUUAUGCUCCCGCAACACAUUACUUCGAGAGUCCGAUCAAUGGCAUCAAUGGUCAAUAUUCACACGCGCCACCCCCCAGACAAGAUGGAAACCACCCGUAUGACCGUAAACGCGGAUAUGACGCGUUGAAUGAGUUUUUUGGAGACUUGAAGCGCCGUCAGUUCGACCCUAAUUCCUAUGCCGCGGUCGGCCAGCGUCUGCUGGGUCUGCAAGCGCUUCAGCUUCCCUUCCUCAACGGCCCUGUGCCUGAAUAUCAGCAAAUGCCUGCAUCUGUCGCGGUCGGCGGUGGCGGCGGUGGCGGUGGUGGUUACAGCCCUGGUGGUUCCCACCCUCCUGGCUACCACCUUCCCCCCAUGUCCAAUGUUCGGACUAAGAACGAUCUGAUCAACAUCGAUCAGUUCCUCGAGCAAAUGCAGAACACUAUUUACGAAAGCGAUGAGAACGUGGCGGCUGCCGGCGUUGCCCAGCCCGGCGCGCAUUACGUGCAUGGUGGCAUGAACUAUCGCGCUACCCACUCUCCCCCAACCCAGCUCCCGCCAAGCCACGUUACUGCAACCUCCGCCCCCAUGGGAGCUGCUUCGGCCCACUCCCCCUCGGUCGGCACCCCAGCUCUGACCCCGCCUUCCAGCGCUCAGUCAUAUACCUCUAACCGCUCUCCCAUCGCCAUGCACCAUGCUCACCGCGUAUCGCCCCCUCACGAGAGCGGCCCGGGUAUGUACCCCCGCUUGCCGUCGGCCACUGUCGCCGACAGCAUGAAUGCCGGCUACCCGACCACAUCAGGCGCCGCACCACCCUCAACUCUGAGCGGCGCGUACGACCACGACGAUCGUCGCCGCUACACUGGCGGUACCUUGCAACGCGCCCGGCCGGCCGAGCGUGCUGUCACCGGGGACCGCAUGGAUACCUCACAGGAUAGCAAGACUCCCGCCAUUCACAUCUCGGAGAGUCUGAUUGACCCCGCCCUUUCGGGUAAUCCCGACCAGGAGGCUGUCAAGCGUACUGCGCAAGCGGCCACUGAAGUUGCCGAGCGGGAUGUCAACGUUGCCUGGGUUGAGAAGGUCCGUUUGCUUGAGAACCUGCGUCGCUUGGUUUCUGAAUUGCUCGAGGCCGAUAGCCUAACUGCUGGAUAUGGAACUCAGUCCUCGGCUUCUCCUACGCCAGGACUUGAUGCUAUGGAGGGAGUCGAGACUGCUAGUGUACGGGCUGCUUCUGAGCAACCAAAGGAAGAGCCUGCCAAGUCUGCAAGUGAAGGAGUCUUCUAUCCUACAUUACGUGGUGUGGAUGAGGAUGAGGAUGGGGAUUCUAAAAUGCCUGAGUAA